GUUCCCUCCGCCCUCCUCACCCGCAAUGCCUCGUCCUUGUGUGAGGCGGUUAUUCGACCCCUCACCAGACACCAACCUCUGUGAAAGCUCCCUCCCAUCCUCUCCCGGCACCCAAGUCCAAUGUUCUUUCUUAUUCCCAAAGACUUCAUCCCUCUCCCACCAGAAUCCAUCCACCAACACCACCGCCAACCCAGAUCUUUUUAGUGAGAGCUCCGCAUGCUGCUUUGGGGUGAAGUGCAGGAUCUUCCCUUUGUCUCUCAUGGCGCAUGGCAAUCGCACUCUCGCCAAGGCUCCCACGCCCCCCCGAACGAGAGUGAAGGACAUGGGUGUGAAACAGAGGAGGCAAGAGCUUGAACAAGAGGUGGCUCAGCUUCAGAAAAUGUUGAAUGAUGAGGAGAAAGUGCAUGAAGUUCUGGAACGCGCACUGCUCCCUCAGGCUGCUAGGCACACCCUUCAUAUUCCAAGCUUCCUUCCAAAAAAG